AUGCCAGCUACAUUAUCAAAUAAACCAGCAGUUAUGAAAAGAAAACCCAUGAAAGAAAUUUUGAACCUAGCAGAACCGUCAACAUCAACAGAUCAUUACUCUGAAUGCUCGGUACAUCAAUUACAUACAAAAAUGGAAGGAAAUACAUCUCACAAAGAAAAUCUUGAUCCAGUUACUCCAAUGCAAGAUCCUGUGAUAUCAACUAAUCCUGUAGUUAUAAAGAAAAGGGCUGAAACGUUUUUAGGUAUGAUUUAUUUUGAUUGA